UUGGAAAUGAACAUGAACUUUUCAGAAUUGUUGAUUAAUGGAUCCAAGAAUUCACGAAAAAGUGAGUUUCAACGUUUUGUUUUUGCGACAAAACGUUGAAAAUACGUGAAUAGAAAAGAGGAUUUCAAAACAUUAUGACUAGUUAGAAGAUAAAUACUGUGUACAAAGGUAGUAUUUAAAUUUUUCCUCCAGAAAUGAACGAGAUGCCUAACCGUUAAAAGUAAAGAUCAAACGGACUAGCGUUCAUUUUAUUCUUAGACCUUAUAAAAAUUCCACUUAAGGAAACUGAACAGUCUUUUGUUGGAAUCAAGCUUGAUUGUCGAAUUACAUCUUUACCACAACUUUUGUCAAGUGGUAAAAAGUGAAACCUUCCAUUUGUCGUCACAAGAAUCCAUUUGAAAAAGGUGAGCUGAAUUUGUUUUUAUUCAUUCUUGUAAGUGUUUAUACUCUUCCUGUCUUCAUGUAUAAAGCAAAUGGUUGUCGACCUUAUUCGUAAAAAUGCAGUCCAUCCCCGUCGGUUCCAAUGCCAAUUUCUUUUGAAUAAUGUUGGUUCGUUUCAAGUGAACUUUUGCUCCAAGAUAUCGGUUCCUACAAAGUAUUCUCUUUUGAGUCAUGCAUCGUUUGUAACACAAUCUUUUCCUGCUUCCUCUCACUCGAAGGAGUCUUUUCAAUCGAAGGAUAGUAUUAUUUCUCCUAAAAACUUGUAUCGUAUGUUCUCUGUCCAUCACCAUGCAUUCAUGAAUCCGACCUUGCGAACAUCUUUGCCUUUCUUACCCAGGUACCCACUUCAGUCUUCCUUUCAACCAAUUAAGCACUUCCCGUAUCCUUCCCUGCCCUCAUAUGGCAUCUAUUCUCCAUUCGUUCCCACAACUUGUAUUCGAUACAACUCGACACUUUCUUCUGGUUCCAAAGGAUUACGCAAUCCGAAUAUUCCUCCAAAUCCAAAAAUUCAUCGAUCUCAAAAUAGCUUUUCUAAUCCUAGUAACCCAUCGCGUCCAGAAGGACAGAAGCAAAGCAUUAGUCAGUCUUCCGGGGAGUCUGUUCCCAAAAGUCCUCCCGAACCUAAAAAAGUAAGCUUUUUUAAUAUUCUUGUCCUUGCUAGAGGUCAAGGAAAGAAGUUUACCGUUGCUGCAAUACUUCUGUUAAUUUCCUCUUCAAUUUCCAUGUCGAUUCCGUAUGUUGUAGGUAAGAUUCUGGAUGCAGGAUCUGGCGCUACUCAAAUUGGAUUUACAGAAAUCAUGGGGAUUCCUUCCAACACCUUUUAUAUGGGUCUACUUGGUCUGUUUUUGAUUGGUUCUGCUUGCAAUUUCGGUCGAAUCUUGACACUGCGACUUCUAAGUGAAAAUAUCAUAUCUCGACUCCGUUCUCGUCUCUUUGCUAAAUGCCUUACUUUAGAUGGGCGUUUUUAUGAUUCUCACUUACAUGGAGACAUCAUUUCUCGCUUAACCACUGACAGUAGUAUAGUUGGAAAGUCACUCUCUACAUAUCUUAGUGAUGGAUUAAGAAGUACUGUUAGUGCUGUCGCUGGGAUUGCUAUGAUGUUGUAUACAUCUUUAACGCUUACUGGUUAUAUGUCCUUGAUUGUCCCUCCAAUAGCGUUAGGUGCUUUCUUUUAUGGAGAAUACGUUCGUAAAUUGUCACGUAGAACCCAAGAUGCUUUAGGUGAUCUUACUCGAGUCUCAGAGGAAAAACUAGCAAACGUCCGUACCACACAAGCAUUCUUAGGAGAACGCCAGGAGGUCCAUCGUUAUAAUAAUUAUAUUCGCAAUCUCUUCAACCUUGCUCGCAAAGAAGCCUUGGCAAGUGGUAUGUUUUUUGGCACCACUGGUUUUUUCGGGAAUGCAACCGUUAUUGCUAUACUUGCGUUGGGUGGUAAAAUGGUUGCUACUGGUGACAUUACUGUUGGCCAGCUAAGCUCCUUCUUGCUUUAUACUGUUUACGCUGGAGGAAGUAUCAUAGGUCUUUCUGGGUGUUUUACAGACAUAAUGAAAGGUCUUGGUGCAGCUAGUCGGUUGUUUGACUUGUUGGAUAGUGUUCCUCAAAUUACUCCAACCACUGGAACACCAGUUCCUAAUUCCAUUCGAAAUUCAGUAUUGACUUUUGAGAACGUUGGUUUUGCAUAUCCUACGAGACCAAAAUCUACAAUUUUCAAAGAUCUCUCCUUUGAAAUACAACCCGGUAUGAAUAUUGCUAUUGUUGCAGCUAGCGGAGGUGGAAAAUCAACCCUUUCUCAGCUUUUAUUGCGAUUCUAUAAUCCAGUUUCUGGAAGAAUUCUUGCUAAUGGAACUGACAUUUCUACCUUUAAUGUACAACAGUGGCGCCGUCACUUUGGUGUUGUUGGUCAAGAACCAGUUCUUUUUACAGGAACAAUUAGAGAUAACAUUUCUUAUGGUAAUCAAAAUGCAACUCAAGAGGAAAUAGAGGCAGCUGCUCUUCGUGCUGAUUGUGGGUUUAUAUAUUCUUUUCCAGAUACUUGGGAUACCCAAGUCGGAAUGCGUGGUUUGCAACUCAGCGGAGGACAAAAGCAACGUAUCGCAAUAGCCAGAGCACUCCUUCGGACUCCUGCAUUCUUGAUUUUAGAUGAAGCCACUUCUGCUCUGGAUGGAGAAGCGGAGGUCAUGGUUAAUCGUACUAUCCAAUCAUUGAUGCAGAAUCGAAAUAUGACUACAAUAACAAUUGCUCACAAACUAGCUACCAUACGAAGCGCUGACCUAAUUUUAGUCGUUGCUGAGGGUAAGAUUCUCGAAAAAGGAAAGUUUGAUGAACUCUCUCAACCAGGAACUUACUUUUAUCGAUUGAUAAAAUGGCAGUUGGGGAGGACUGAUGAUGUAGCUCCUCGGUAGGUAGACAAUUACUUUUUUGGUUUAUUGGAUUGACUUGCUCAAACCGUGCAAGCAAUAAUAAUAGACGAACUAGAAGACGAAUGCCCAGACGUGAAGUUACGGCUAACGCGUUCAGUUAUCCUUGUUUUGUUUUUAUAUUUAAUAGAUAUUUUCAUUGAAUUAUUAGCUAGUAGAGAAGCAGCAUGAGAUAUGUUCAAUCGUUAAUUGAACGGGUAGACUUCAUUAAAAAAAUUGAAUCCAC